CAGCAGAUUUCUGUAGGUAGGCGUUCUGUAUCAACAGUUGGACUUGGACAUGGCUCAUGGCUGAACUCUGAACUUUGCAUCACCCAUACUAUUCCACAUUUCCACUAGACAGCCGAAGAUGGGGGCGUCAGCAGCACCCUUCACCGGUGGCUUCCUCUGCCCGACCAAACCAAGGACACCACCGCUCCCGUCCUCCACCUCCCGAUCUUCUCACUCCCGCCUCCACUUCCGCAUCCGAUCCCCCAAACCCAAGAACCCGGCGGCGGCGCCCGUCUCCUCUCGCAUGGAAGCGUCCCUGCCCCAGGCGCGCGACGCCCAGGGAGGGGCGGAGUCGGCCAUGAAGCUGCUGUUCGUGGAGAUGGGCGUCGGCUACGACCAGCACGGCCAGGACAUCACCGCCGCCGCCGUGCGCGCCUGCAAGGAUGCCAUAUCCUCCAACUCCAUCCCCGCCUUCCGCGGCGGGUCUAUACCCGGAGUGAACACCGACCAGAUGAAGCUGCAGAUCAAGCUCGGCGUGCCGAGGUCGACACAGCACUUGCUGGAUGCUGAGAGAGUCAAAGCCGUCUUCCCCUAUGGCGAGAUAAUCAGCUUCGAGGUUGUCGAUGGCGGCAUGAUCUGUUCGAGCGGCGUGUGCCUGGAAGCAAUGGGGGACAAAAACGACGACUGCUACAUAGUCAACGCUGCAGUUUACGUCGGCUAUUGAUGUAAUUCUGGAAGAGCGGCUUUCACCUGGAACAGUAGAAAUCGGGCAGGCCACCUCUAUUUUGGAGAACUAGAGAUGUUUUCCUACCUCAAUAAGCAUGUCAUUGCUGAAAUAAGUGCACUUCCUUGGUGUCGUAUCGUAUUCGUUCUA